GCCCAGGCUCCAGUAGCUGUGAGGGGGCCCGGAGGGGGAGGGGCCCAGAGACACCCAACCCAGCCUGGGCUAUCAAGGAGCCUAGACCUCCUCCCCCUCCCUCCCCAGGGGGCAACAUGAACCGGAAAGAAAGCAAGAGGGCUCUGUUCUCCUCUGAGGGAGAUGGGCCAGGACCAGGGACAGGGAAAGACCUGCCUGGCAGCAGGAAGGGUCAUUUGGAAUGCUUGGCAACUGUACCUGGCCGGGGGAGGGCCCGCCAGGGCCGGAGGCACAUGACUUGCCCCAGCCCCCGGGAGAUCAACAAGGUCAUGGCCUCCAUGACGCUGGGACCCCUCAGCAGAGGCUGCAGUCUGGAUGAAUUACUGGAGAAAUGCAUCCAUUCCUUUGACACAGCUGGCGGACUAUGCCGAGGGGACCACAUGCUCAAUAUGACCUUGACCAUGCAUAGCUGGGUGCUGCCCUCAGCUGACCUUGCCCGCCGCCUGCUCAGCAUGUACCAGGAGGCCAAAGGAGACCGACAGGAGCAGAGGCGGCUGCAGAUCUGUAACCUAGUCAGGUAUUGGAUGGGCCAGUACCCUGAGGCCCUGCACCUGGAACCCCACCUUGAUGAAAUCAUCAGCAGCUUCUGGGACUUGGUGGAGCAGGAGGGCAAUGCAGCCCAGAGAUGCUUAGGGACCCCCACCUGGAGCCUGAGUCUCCCUGAGGGACCCCUCCCCCCACCCAAUAGCCCAGGGCUGGGGAAGAAACGCAAGGUUUCCCUCAUCUUUGACCACCUGCAGACAGGGGAGCUGGCAGAACAUCUCACAGACCUAGAGUUCAGGGCUUUCCGGGCCAUCACGCCUCAGGACCUUCGGGGCUAUGUACUCCAUGGCUCAGUAAGAGGCUGCCCAGCCCUGGAGGGCUCUGUGGGACUUACCAACAGCGUGUCCAGAUGGGUACAGGUCAUGGUCCUGAGCAGACCCAGCCCAUCUCAGAGAGGCCAGGUGCUUGACAAGUUCAUCCACGUGGCCCAGAGGCUGCGGCAGCUACAGAAUUUUAACACCCUCAUGGCAGUGACUGGUGGCCUAUGCCACAGCGCCAUCUCCCGGCUCAAAGACUCCCAUGCGCAUCUGAGUCCCGACAGCACCAAGACGCUGCUGGAGUUGACAGAACUCCUCAGUUCCCACAACAACUAUGCUCUCUACCGCCGGGCCUGGGCUGGCUGUUCAGACUUCCGCCUGCCCAUUGUGGGUGUCCACCUGAAGGAUCUCAUCUCGCUGCAUCAGGCGAUGCCCGACCGCCUGCCAGACGGGCAGCUGCAUGUGGCCAAGCUUAACAGCCUCUACCUUCGGCUGCAGGAGCUCCGGUCUCUCCAGGACCAGAGCCCGCCUGGCAGUGCCAGCCAGGACCUGCUGCAUCUGCUCACGCUGUCCCUGGAUCUCUUCUAUACAGAAGAUGAGAUUUAUGAACUGUCCUAUGCCCGGGAGCCCCGAUGCCCCAAGACUCUGCCCCCCUCCCCCUUCAAAGCACCACUUGUAGUAGAGUGGGCAGCUGGAGUAGCCCCCAAGCCUGACAGGAUCACCCUGAGCCGCCACGUGGAACAGCUGGUGGAGUCAGUUUUCAAGAACUAUGACCUGGACGGCCGGGGCACCAUCUCUCACGAAGACUUUGAACGUCUAUCCAGCAGUUUUCCCUUUGCCUGCCACGGUCUCCAUCCACCCCCUCGACAGGGUGAUGGUCCCUUCAGCCGGGAGGAACUCACAGCUUACCUGCUUCGGGCCAGUUCCAUCUGUGCCAAGCUGGGCCUGUCCUUUCUACACCCCUUCCAUGAGGUCACGUUCAAGAAACCCACGUUCUGUGGCAGCUGCAGUGGUUUUCUCUGGGGAGUCACCAAGCAGGGAUACCGCUGCCGGGACUGCGGGCUCUGCUGUCAUCGACACUGCAAGGACAGAGUAGAGGUUGAGUGCAAGAAGAAGGUGGGAGCCGGCACCCCUGGGCUUUCUCCACCCCAUGAGGUCCCCACAACAGGUUCUCCAUACCCAUCACCUCCUGGGAUCGAAAAGGGAACCCACCUCUGUCACGCUUGGACCCAAACUGAGCCUCCCCUGGAUGAGUCUGCCCCUGUGCCGUAGGAAACACAACUGGUAACAAGGACCACAAGCUGCCAGUGCUGGAGAAUUCGAAUGCAGAGCUCGAUGGUGAUGACUCAAAGCUGAAGCCAGUGACUUUGGAGACACCUACUCCCUAAACCCCAGCGCCUAAAUCCAAAACCUCACCCCCCCCCCAAUCCUGCUCCAGCCACAGGCAAAAACAGGAGAU